CUGUGGUGUACUUCGGUCGGCUUUAUUCAUUCGUAACCAGUGAAAACUGUUAAAAUGCCUAUGGAAGAUUCGUUACUUCAGCUAUCUGCUGGGAAAAUUCGUGGACGGAAAGAUACACUUCCGAAUGACCAUCUAUUAGCGGGGGCGCAUCCACUUUAGUUUCCGUAAUUGAUGGGAACGCGUUCAGCUAGGCCGAGUCUCUACGUCAGCUGUAACUGUGAGCCGACGAUACAAUGUAAAUCUGCUGUAAAACUGCCAUGCGAAGCAGUUCUAAUCCCAGUUUCAACCGAGUGGUGAACGAACCAACAACAACCUUUACAAGUGCCGCCUCUGCUUGCUGAAAACCAACAACAAACCGAAUAAAAAUGAGUUGUGCUUUGAACGAUGUGGUGCUUUGUCUUCCGGCUGGUCGAAUUCAAGGCCGUACCAAUCAGCUGCCCAAUGGAAAAGACUACUACAGUUUCAAGGGCAUUCCGUACGCUAAACCGCCCGUUGGAGAACUUCGCUUUAAGCCACCGGUUCCAGUGGACAGAUUCUGUGAUGCCGAGGACGACGACGAUCUGCUAGUCUGCAGCUACGAGCGUAACUCGUGUCCAGCGCUGAUGCAGCUACCUCCGACCACGGUUUCGAUCGGUGAAGAUUGUCUGCAUGCCAACGUGGCCACUCCGGUGCAUCCGUCCGACGUAGAUCAACAACCUCCACUUCCCGUGAUGGUUUGGAUCCACGGUGGUGCGUUCAAUCUGGGAAACGGCGACUCUUCACUGUACUGUCCUCAGUAUCUGGUUCAACAGGGCGUCAUAGUCGUGACCUUUAACUACCGCUUGGGACCGAUUGGAUUUCUGCAGCUACCCUCCGCAGGCAUUCACGGCAAUAUGGGUCUGAAAGAUCAACGACUACUGUUGCGUUGGGUCAACAAAAACAUCUCUUUCUUCGGCGGAGAUCCAACCAACGUGACACUGUUUGGGGAGAGUGCCGGGUCAGCUUCGGUACAUCUGCACUAUCUGACCGAGGAGUCUCGCAAGUAUUUCCACAAAGCGAUUUGUCAAUCUGGAACAGCGUUCAACGUUUGGGUUGAGCAAAAAGAAUGUGAAACUAAGGCACGGACGCUGGCCAAGAACCUCGGGUGUACCGGUGAUAGUGAUGAGGAGGUUUACGAAACUCUAAUGAGCGCAUCCGUCUUUGAUCUGUUUGCCAAGUCCGAGGGCUGCAUGACGAUGAACGACAUGCUGGCGAUGCGUAUGUUUCCCUUCACACCCACGGUUGAGUCGGCCGAUUCCGAGGAACCGUUCAUCACGGAAAACUACACCGACAUUCUGCACCGGCCGGACCUCACCUCGAUUCCGCUGAUCAUCGGAUUCAACAGCAACGAGUCCGUAACAUUUCUUCCUCUGCUACAACCUGCGAUUAGAAUGUUUUCCCAAGAUCCGAGGGCUUUCGUUCCGGCACAACUUACUGUUCCCGCGGACGAGCUGGCCUCAGUUGGGGCGGAGAUCAAGCGAUUCUACUACGGAGACAACACCGCGCACUGUUUGACCGGCUUUCUGGACUACGUGUCCGACAUUUGGUUCAUCAUACCGUCGUUUGUCGCCAGCGAGCUUCAGGCGAGAUUCCAGCAAAAUGCCCCCCAAUUCUGCUACUAUUUCGAUUUUGACUGCGAAUUCAACUACCUGAAAGCAAACCCUCAAGCUGCACACCAGCUGGAAGGAGUGGCCCAUGGUGACGACAUUUCGUACCUGUUCAAACGAAACGUAUCCGAAGCUAUGAUCGAGGAUGGAAGUCGCGCCGAUGAGUAUCGCACCAUUACGGUUCAAUUGUGGACCAAUUUUGCUAAGUUUGGUCACCCUACGCCGGAAUCGGGCGAGCUUGGAUUUGAGUGGAAACCUUCGGAACCAAUCGAUUGUGAUCAGGAAGAGUUUGUUCUCAAGGCGUUGCACUUGACCGAUCCGAUUCGAAUGAUUGAACAACCGUUCGAAAAGCGGAUUCAUUUUUGGAAAGAGUUGUUUGCGAGGUUUGGAGAUAAUUAUCUGCUUUUGAAAAGUAACAAAAUCGACGAAUCUCCACUGCCACUACAGAAGGCACCUCCAUGGAUCCAAACCAUCACCGGUAGCUUGGCAGUGAUCGAUCCCUUUCCGGAUCCAACCGGAGUGUACACGUUCAAGAACAAGCAGUCCUCAGAUCCCACCGAGUCAGGCGGGAUCUGUAAAAGGAAAAACACUCAAUUAGUUUCGUACGAAAGGUCUCCAACGAUGGACGGAAGGCAUAAAUUAAGUGCAUCUGGAGCGACGUCAACGAGAGACUUUGAGAGAGUUUUGGCUGAGAUCGGACCGGGCAAGCUGCUCGGAGUGGUGGAGCGGCUGCCAAGUGGAGCCGAAUACUUUGUGUUCAAGGGGAUUCCGUACGCGAAGGCACCUGUUGGUGAACUGAGGUUUCAGCCUCCCCAGCUAUUACCCCAACUGCCCUUUUCCCCUUUGGACUGUGCCCAGGAUGCCCCAGGAUGUUUCACGGUGGACAACUACCUGCCAAACGAUCAAAUGUCCGAGGACUGCCUCCACCUGAACGUGUUCACGCCCAGUUUGCCUUCUAAACCACCUAGCGAAACCCCCCAGCUUCCGGUUAUGGUGUGGUUCCAUGGCGGUGGCUUCGUCACCGGAAGUGCCCAAUCUUCAAUGUAUGGCGCCAAGCAUCUGGUCCAGGAGGGCGUGGUGAUCGUUACGGUCAACUACCGAUUGGGGCCGCUGGGAUUUCUGUGUCUUCCUGACGUUGGAAUUCAUGGGAACAUGGGCCUCAAGGAUCAACGGAUGAGUUUGGCGUGGGUUAGGGAAAAUAUUAAGGGAUUUGGGGGCAAUCCGGAUAACGUUACGAUUUUUGGGCAAAGCGCUGGUGGAUCUUCGGUACAUUUGCACUAUUUAUCGGAGAAUUCAAGGCCGUUAUUUCACAAGGCAAUAGCUCAAAGUGGAACUGCGUUCAAUCAGUGGGUUCUACAGAAGGAUCCAGAUGGUCGGGCUCGUAGACUAGCGAAGCUUCUUGGUUGUAAGGACGAAAACAAUGAUGAACUGGUGUAUGACUGCCUGGUGACCGCUAGUCCAAAGGAAAUUACGGAUUUGCAAUACCAAGUGAUGACUAGCGAAGAAAGAUCCGUGGUUGUCAACUUCCCAUUUACACCCGUUGUUGAACGAGCUAAUUCACAACAUCCAAUAAUUAUUGGACAUCCGGUAGAACUCAUCAAGAAAAAACUCCCAAAAAGUAUUCCAAUAAUGAUGGGAAUUAUGAGCGAAGAAGGUGUUGCGUUAGCAAGUCACGUGCUGAGUUCGCUGGAUUUGUACAAACAAACAUUGGAAACUCAACUGCUCCCAUUUGCAUUAGACAUCGCCGAUGAAAAGAUUAGCAAAGAUGCAUUUUCCAGUAUCAAGAAGUUUUUCUUCAAAGAACAAGCUUUAUCGAUCGAGACCGUCCCAAAUUUAGUGCAGGUUCUUGGUGAUAAUGCAAACAAGUUUGCAGGUUAUCUUUCGGCAGAAUUACACAACCUACAUCAGAGUUCACCACUUUAUUUCUACAUCUUCUCCUAUAUGUUGGAGUUGAACAAACUUCGCGAACUAAGUCAAGCUCCUGCAUCCUGUCCUGGAGCAGCUCAUGGAGAUGAUCUUUGCUACUUGUUCUCAUCAUCGUUUUCAACACAGACAACAUAAGAAUCUAGUCCUGCCCGAGAAUACCGCACAACCAUGUGUAAACUUUGGACAAACUUUGCCAAACUUGGAACUCCAACUCCAGACAACUCACUGGGAUUUCGCUGGUCAUCGGUUCAAGAGGCUAUUGGAUCAAAUUUUGAACUUCAUGCUCUGGAUCUCAACGAUAGGCCCACGAUGGUUGCAAACCCAUUUGCGGACCGUUUCACCUUUUGGAAAGCCCUGUUCCAGCAGUACAAUGGAAGUCAUUUAAAUAUAAACUAAACCAGA